UUAAGAUGUAAGUGCACUUCUGUCGAUUUCUGUGGCGACACUAACGCGUAAAACGGUAAGUUUUUGUUUAACUGAGCAUGAUUCUGAGAUCCUGGGGGUGGAAAUCAGAGCCUCACUCAUGGUAAGGUUAUCGCCGACAGAUAAACGGUAUAAGCACUCUCGAAAUAUGUAUACGAGAAAUAACAACUGAGACUAUUAUGGCAGAAAAAUUGCAGAGUUAGGGGAAGUGGCUAAACUAAAAUUCCGAGGCACUUUGUUCUUGAAGCAUGUUUUGUGUACAUCAAGUCCAGUUCCCAAACAGCAGACCAGUAACGUUCGCCAAUGAAGAGCUUCCGGGCUUGAGUAUAAGACAGUGGUUUCGGGACUGAUUUCGUAAGAGGGCGGACUUGCCUUUGGAAUUUAGCAAUCAAAAACUGCACUACAAGAAUCGGCCAAUCGUCAAGUCCUAGAAGCACUUCCGCAAAUUCCGACGGAAGCCUGAGAGCCGCUGGCCAAGGUCCAAUCAGAGCGACGCAUUUCCUGUAUAAAUACCAGCGCCGCGAGCCUUUGCCUCUUGCUCCUUUUUCUUCACUAUGGCUCGCACUAAGCAGACGGCCCGCAAGUCCACCGGCGGCAAGGCCCCGCGCAAGCAGCUGGCCACCAAGGCCGCCCGCAAGAGCGCCCCGGCCACCGGCGGCGUGAAGAAGCCGCACCGCUACCGGCCCGGCACCGUGGCGCUGCGCGAGAUCCGGCGCUACCAGAAGUCGACCGAGCUGCUGAUCCGCAAGCUGCCGUUCCAGCGCCUGGUGCGCGAGAUCGCGCAGGACUUCAAGACCGACCUGCGCUUCCAGAGCUCGGCCGUGAUGGCGCUGCAGGAGGCGAGCGAGGCCUACCUGGUGGGUCUGUUCGAGGACACCAACCUGUGCGCCAUCCACGCCAAGCGGGUCACCAUCAUGCCCAAGGACAUCCAGCUGGCCCGCCGCAUCCGCGGGGAGAGGGCUUGAGACAUUUUCCACAUUGGCACAUCGACAAACUAAAAAGGCUCUUUUCAGAGCCAA